AUGUCCUCUUCUCCCGUCGAAACCGUCAUGCCCAACUGUCCAGUGGAACGGCCGGAUUUUCAAAGAGAACGAACCAUGUCCUCUUCUCCCCUUGAAACCGUCAACCCUGACUGUCCCGUCAUGCCCAACUGUCCUGUGAAACGUCCGAAUUUUCCCGAGUGCAUAGGUGUCUUCUGGGACGUGGUGGAUUUCCCGUUCCCUGAGGGUCUUAGCCCUCAUAUGAUUUAUCACACGACGAGAUUGUUUCUUCAUUCGUUGGGUUGUUGUGGUGAUAUGUUAAUCAUAGCUUAUGUUGACAUGGAACAGUUCGAUGAUAAAUUGGUCGGUGUCUAUGAAGAUGCCGGAAUCGACAUCGUUCCCCGACUAGCGGAUAAACAUACGAGGUAUCGUUCUACGAGUUUGGACAUUGCAAUGUGGGAAGUGGAUAUGUGUGACUACGAUUUUCAUGCAAAAACUUUGAUGGUGCUCUCGAAAGAAAUAGAAAAAGAAUCGCUUUUCUCCACUUUUCUUGAAUCGAUGGCAACACCAUGUCACCAUGUUUUCGUAACGAUUGAUCAUGAUCCCCCACCAAAUAGUUGGCUAGAGCAGAUACGCUUCGAUCUCCUAUUAGAUCAUAUCGACCAAAGUGAAACCUCACUUAGCAGCUCUGACUGUAAGCGGAAGAGAGAGGAGGAGUCUAUUUAUAAUUAUUCCCACGAAACCAUGCCUAGUUGUCCCAUUAUUCCUGAUUCUACCGCCGAAUCUACGUCCGAGAAAUGUUCCACACAUGUCUUCUGGGACGGUGUUGAUUUCCCGCUACCUUAUAAUGAUGCGUAUAUGGUUUUGCAAACCUCUCUUCAAGCGCAUGGUCUUCCUGGUGAGUUGUCACUCGCGGCUUAUGUUCACCAUGCAGACUUCUGCGGUGUAACGGAGACGGAUAGAAUCACCAUCAUUCCCUGUCAAGGGGAUGAAGAAGCGAGAUUUCAUGCUAUCUUAGUGGACAUUGUUUUGUGGGCAAUGGAAAAUCCUGCGACAUAUUUUGAACCAAAAACCUUGAUGGUAAUCUCAAAAAACAUCAAACAAGGAACGGAUUUCCUCAAUGCACUUGAAGCUUUGGAUAGUAGACAUUACAAUGUCAUCUUAGGAAUGCCUGACCCUGAAGAUCUCUCAUCUCCUAUGACCAUUAAAUCUUUGGAUAUGGAUUGUGCUCAGUUAUAUUUGGCUAGGCGAAGUCGAAGGCCAGAGAGGGUUGUUAGUGGUUUUUCUAAUGGACUAGCUUCUUUGGAUUGCGAAGGAUUUUGUGAUUCGAUUGCAAAGGCUGAAACAAUGAUCUUCUGGGAUGUCCACGGUUGCCCAGCCGAUUUUUCGAUUGUAAAGCAGGUUCUUCACAACAAGGGUUAUGAUGGCAGUGUGAUUAUUAGGCCUUACGUUCCAUAUCAACACGAGGAUGCUUCGUUGGAUAAAAAAAAAUUCGGUCGGUUCAAGUCCAUAAUCAGAGUCCGAUCCCAAGGCGAUGCUAAAUAUGCGAAAGUGACUAGGAUGUUGCUGGACAUUGUUUUCUGGGCAAUGAACAAUGAUGGCAUGCCACAGAACUUGAUGCUCAUCUCUAAGCCCUGUGAAGACACCACCAAGUGUGACGCCGUUAUUCAAGCUUUGGAACGCAGAGGUAUUAACAUUAUCUUUAGACCCUCUGAUCAGGUGGCAUCAGUAGAUCAGUCUACCAUUAGCAGAUUUGAGUCCCUCUGUAAAAGCCCACCAGUUGGAGCAGAAAAGCUUAUCAACCAAAGUCGGAUUCUCACAGACCUCAGCCGAGAACUUGCAUGGAAUGACGUAGUCGUGUUCUGGUUGGCCGACAAUUGCCCAACCAAUUCUGGGAAGAUUUGGUAUAAUAUCAAAUCAGCUCUGGAGAAGAAGGGUUAUAGAAGUAUAAUCUCUACAUUUACGGUAUAUAUUGAUAAGAGAAAGUAUUCCGAUGAAAUGAGAGAUGUCUUUAACAAGGCCGGAGUGCAUGACAAAAUCAUCUCUGAAGAGGAUAGACUUGGAAAAGUUACAACUAUGUUGUUGGACAUGAUUUGCUGGAGAAGGGGGCUUUGGAGACCACCAAAUUUUCUGGUAAUCUCUGAACCCUUCACAGACCCGAUCUGCGACAUGGUUGUUGAAGGUUUGAAACUCAGAGGGUGCAAUGUUCUCUUCGAGUUGCCUGAUUACAUGCUCACAUUUGGACGCUCUAGAUGGUCUGCAAAAAGCCUAUUACAUGCAAGUUGCACUGCGCCAUCGUGA